AUGGGUCAAUCCCUCACCACCCAGGAAAAGCACAAUAUCAAGCGUGAAAUCUACACGCUGUAUCCCGGCCUCGAGCAGCAGCUUGAAAUGGCAUUUAGCUGCCAUGACGUGGAGGGGACCCUUGCUCUCCCAUAUGCCACCCUCGAGCCCGUCAUUAGGCAUUUGCUGAUGCAGUACGGGUUAAUAGAAUAUGUUACUCGAUUCAGCAAAGAAUCAGGAGCCCUCGAUCCUGCCCAUGUGCGUCACGAACUGGCGGAAUUCGGUGUUGCCACCACACGGCUCUUCGGUGAUGCAAAUCUUACCGUCGAGGAUUUCAAGAGCCUUGCAGUUGUCUGGCUGAAAAAGAUACUGGACACUCAUGCAGACGAUCAAGCAGAAUGGAUGGAAAAGCUCAGAGCUGACCAGGAAGAACAAAGCGCGAACUACGCGAAGGCGAUGAAGGAAUUCCAGGAGCAGUACGUCAAGCAACAAGCUGUGUAUCAGCAGGGACUUGAGGAGCAACAGAAGCAAAUACAGGAUUGGAACAGGCUACUUGAGGACGCACACAAGACCCAGCAGCAGAUAUACGAUGAGGAGGUUAGGCGCAUGAAGGAAAUUCAGGAGAGGGAGGCACGGGCAUCCGAAAUUGCUCGUCAGGAAGAAUUAGAGCUGAUACGCAAGUACCAGCAGAAGCUCGAGGAAAUCGCCAAGGCAGAGGGAGGGAAAUGCUUUGUCUACCCAGCAAGCAAAACGCCAUACGGUGCCUGCGCCUCUGCUGGAGCUCAAGAGCCUUGCAGGAGAAAGAGGAGCCAUGCCCGUAGGCAGCCGGCCAAAGGCUGUUGCUGA